UGCCGCCGCCAUUUUUUCAGAGACUUUCAUCCGGCAGCCGACGGGGCUUUUUUUCUUAAAGGAGAAGCGACAGCUCAAAAAAAUUUCCCCUUUCUCUCCGCAAGACCUAGCGGCGCUGGGGACAGAAAGGCCACAGACAGGAGAGUGGGAUCAGGGUGGAGGAAGAAGAACGCCGAGGCUACUUCCGCGGCUUAAGGAAGAAAGCUAGAAAGAGCCCUUGCGGCAUUAGCAGCUCCUUAGGGAGGCAGGUGCGCGCGCAGCCAGUUCAGGGUGCGCGCCAGGAGGGGAAAGAGGUGCGUUUUCUUCCCACUAAUCUCCUCGCGAGACCUGACCCUCCCACUGCCCCUCGCGCGCGUUGAGCUUCGGAGGUGGGGAAAAAAAAAGGUCACUUUGGGAUUGUCGCGAGACGCAGCCGUUUAACGGUGAGAACGGGUGCGCGGGGAAGGAAACCUCGCGCGUUCCCUCGGAGCCGUUUCCUGAUUGGCUGAAGAAAGGGGUGGAGGCGGGAACCCGGUACGCCGCUGCGCGAGAGACUGUGAGGGGCGGGGCGAAGGAGCUGUUCCUCCUCUCCGAUUGGCCCGCUGUGCGCCUGUGGCGGGCGCGCGCGCGCCGCCAGCAGUAGCGGGCUUUGAGUGGCAGGGGGCGGGGGGGGCGCCCUCGGAGACGGGCGGAGGGGAGGGGGGGAAAAAGAGGAGCGCAGUGAGUGAGCCGAACGCUCCGGGGGGCGGGGGGGAGCAGCGUCGCGGCCGCCGCCGCCUCCGCCUCCGCCGCCUGGGAUUAGGGGGUGGGGGACGGACGAGUCCCGAUGCCGGGGGAGACGGAAGAGCCGAGACCCCCGGAGCAGCAGGACCAGGAAGGGGGAGAGGCGGCGGCGGCGGCCAAGGCGGCUCCGGAGGAGCCCCAACAACAGCCCCCUGAGGAGGCGGCGGUGGCGGCGCCUGCGGGGACCACUACCAGCCGCGUGCUGAGGGGAGGUCGGGACCGGGGCCGGGCCGCUGCGGCGGCCGCCGCCGCCGCCGCUGCCGCUGUGUCCCGCCGGAGGAAGGCCGAGUAUCCCCGCCGGCGGAGGAGCAGCCCCAGCGCCAGGCCUCCCGACGCCCCAGGGCAGCAGUCCCAGGCCGCGAAGCCCCCGUCUCCAGCUCAGGGCAAGAAGAGUCCGCGACUCCUAUGCACGGAAAAAGUAUCAACUAGCAAAGAUCCCAAGGAAGAAAAAGAGGAAGACGAUUCUGCCCUCCCUCAGGAAGCUUCCAUUGCUGCAACUCGGCCUAGUCGGGGCUGGCGCAGUAGUAGCAGGACAUCUGUCUCUCGGCAUCGUGACACAGAGAACACCCGAAGCUCUAGGUCCAAGACUGGCUCAUUGCAGCUCAUCUGCAAGUCAGAACCAAACACAGAUCAGCUUGAUUAUGAUGUUGCAGAAGAACAUCAGUCUCCAGGUGGCAUUAGCAGUGAUGAGGAAGAAGAGGAGGAAGAAGAGAUGCUGAUCAGUGAAGAAGAAAUACCUUUCAAAGAUGAUCCAAGAGAUGAGACCUACAAACCCCACUUAGAAAGGGAAACUCCAAAGCCACGGAGAAAAUCAGGGAAGGUGAAAGAAGAAAAAGAGAAGAAAGAAAUAAAAGUGGAAGUCGAGGUAGAGGUCAAAGAAGAAGAGAAUGAAAUUAGGGAAGAUGAGGAACCUCCUAGGAAGAGAGGAAGAAGACGAAAAGAUGACAAAAGUCCACGAUUACCCAAAAGGAGAAAAAAGCCUCCAAUCCAGUAUGUCCGUUGUGAAAUGGAAGGAUGUGGAACUGUUCUUGCUCACCCUCGCUAUUUGCAGCACCACAUUAAAUAUCAGCAUUUGCUGAAGAAGAAAUACGUAUGUCCCCAUCCCUCCUGUGGGAGACUCUUCAGGCUCCAGAAGCAACUUCUACGACAUGCCAAACAUCACACAGAUCAGAGAGAUUAUAUCUGUGAAUACUGCGCCCGAGCCUUCAAGAGUUCCCACAACCUGGCAGUGCACCGGAUGAUUCACACUGGCGAGAAGCCACUGCAAUGUGAGAUCUGUGGAUUUACUUGUCGGCAGAAGGCAUCCCUUAAUUGGCACAUGAAGAAGCAUGAUGCAGACUCCUUCUACCAGUUUUCUUGCAAUAUCUGUGGCAAAAAAUUUGAGAAGAAGGACAGCGUAGUGGCUCACAAAGCAAAAAGCCACCCUGAGGUGCUGAUUGCCGAAGCUCUGGCUGCCAAUGCAGGCGCCCUCAUCACCAGCACAGAUAUCUUGGGCACUAAUCCCGAGUCCCUGACACAACCUGCAGACGGUCAGGGUCUUCCUCUUCUUCCUGAGCCCUUGGGAAACUCCACCUCUGGAGAGUGCCUCCUGCUGGAAGCUGAAGGGAUGUCAAAGUCCUACUGUAGUGGGACGGAGCGGGUGAGCCUGAUGGCUGAUGGGAAGCUCUUUGUGGGAAGCGGCAGCAGUGGGGGCACUGAAGGGCUGGUCAUGAACUCGGAUAUACUCGGUGCUACCACAGAGGUUCUGAUUGAAGAUUCAGACUCUACUGGACCUUAGUGGAAGGGAAGACUUUGGGCACUGGGACAGCUAAGACUUUGUAUUUAAAAGUUAAAAAGGACAAAAAAAAUUUAAAGCAUUUAAAAUCUAGUAAAAUAACUGAAGGGCCUGCUCUUUCAAUUGUGGAUCACAGCACACACACCACACACACACACACACACACACACACCCAUACACAUAUCCCCUCUACUCCCUCUAUUGUCCCCUUCAUAAAACUGAUGUUGCCUUUAUCAGAAAGCUAGAAGAAGAAGAAGCAACAGCAGCUCUUAAUGUAAGAGUUAUUCUUGUACUCAGUUCCAGCCAGGCAGACUUCUGCUCAUCAACAGAUCCCCUGUUCAACCUCUAACUCUGAUGUGCUCUGGAUCAGCUUCUAACUCUUAAUAGUAUAUUAAUAUCCUCUAAACCCCUCCUCCUUUACUGCUGCCCUGUGGUUCUGGCUUCUACCCCUGCGGCACAUUUAUCUUCAAAAAGUAUCAUAUAAUUCUAAUCUCUUGAGGCUGGCAGCUUGACUUGGCACUUUAGGGCCCCUUAGAGUGAGCUGUUAAAACAGCACACAUCUCUCCUCCCCUUUUCCUCCAUUCCCCUGGGAUUAGGAAAGGGCAGAUACAUGGGGACCUCCCUCCCCCUCUAACCUUCAUCACCUUCCUCAGUCCCCUUCCCCACAGCUCCAUAAGGUUCUCAAUGGUGCUCACUUGCUUGGAAGCAGGCUCCCAACAGGCUGGGGAGCUGCCUUCUACAUGGUCUCUGACCAUAAGACAGCUCUCUGCAUCAGUGAGAUGGUGAGAAAGUCCCAGACUAAUGGCAGAAAUUUGCACUUUGAACAUGUAUGUUUUUGUGUUGUGGAACCUGAGAGUCCUUAUUUAUUAAUGGAAAGUCUGAUUUUUUUUUUUUUUUUUUUUUUUGGUCUUUGUUGCUAUAUUUGGGGGGCUGGGAGAGAUUAGAUUAUUCUGACACGGGGUCCUUUGCAUAAGAGGUACUUAAUAGAAGGCAAGAUAUAAAGUUGAAGAAGCUCAGCCAGCCUCUAAAAUCAUAGCUCUCCAGUGGCCUUUGAAGAACGCUGGUCCUCAGCACUAACAAAAUCACUACAGUAGCCGAGUGCUUUUUCAGAAACCUCUUUAGGGAAGAAUGUUAGGUUUGUGGUAAUUAGUGCUCUUUGAGUUUUUAGAGCAUUGGGAUUUAGGAAUUUUGAGGGAAUCAGGAAGGUUGUUCAGGGUCUGAAUUACAGAUAAAAGAUUUUCUCUUGUGAAUUCAUUUUCUUUUUGUCCCCAGCAUUACUUUAUACAUAGAUUCCCUAUUAGCCCAGCUCUGGCCCCUUGCUCUGCUUUUGCUUUUGCUUUGCUUUUUAUCAUUGGUUCAUUCCAGCUCCCGAUUAGUGAAGGACACUGCCAUCAGUGAAGGAAUGGUCUGAGUCAUACAGUUUUAAGUCAAAGAAGAUUGCUGUUUUGUUUCCCUUUUAAUAAUACUUCAGAAGAAGAAAGAUUUCAACAAAGUGAAUAAUCUGUAUAAUACUUUGGCUUUCCCUGAAAUUCUGGGAAUUAGUACUUCCCGAGAUAGGAAUUUUCAUUCGGUGGAUGACUUAACUACUGUCCAUGGGAAAGACAGUAUUUUUGUACAGCUUAACUCCCAGAAAACUAAAAAAAAAUUGUUUUGGCUCAUUUUUAGAGAAUUAGAAGUGCAGUUUCUAUCCUAUGUACUCAGAAGCUAGAAUUAAAGACUUGCCCUAUUCAUUGUUUGUCAGAAAUGUAUGAUGGCUGUUGGAAAGAAUGAAGUUUUGUUGAGAACAAAAUAAGGAAGAGCUUGUUUUUUCACAAACACUAAAACUACAAAGUUUAUCAAUUUUCUCUUUGAUUUUUUUUUCCCCCCACAGAAGAAGGGUAACAAAAUGUCAUCUCUGAAAGAGGCUCACUUUACACCCACUAAUGUCAGUGAUUGGGAUGCCAGAGAAUAGGGAGGGAAACACCUACAGUGAACAGUCUUAAAUGCACUAUUGUUUCUUUCAGUGUUGCAGAUUUUUCCAUCCUUCCAGGGUGGGGGUAGAAAAUGGAAUAAAGAUAGAAGGGAUAUAGACUAUGCUUUCCUGCCCACAGUAAGGAUUUGAAGUUGACAUUGGUAUGUUGAGUGGAUUUGAAAAUAUUUUCAGAUUGAUUGGAUGGGUGUGUAGCAGAGCUGUUCUACUCCCGUAGCUGGACGUCCUUUUUGUACUGUUUCGCCAGCUAGCAUCUAUAUCCUACACUUACUUACCUCAUGACCUGCCGCAUUUAUCUUGUCCUUUGUCUCCAUAAAUUACAUUCGCAGUGAUUAGUCAUCAGGUAUUUUAGCCACCUACACAAAAGCAAACUGCAUUUAAAAAAAAAGAAAACUUCGCGAGAUUGAGGAACAACAGUAUGUUCUUCCCUCUAUUGCAUUCCUCCUACCAAAAGCAACUGUUUAGUUCUAAAAAUUGGAAACUUUCUCUUUUUUAGUCCUCUUCACAGCUGUGGUUUGCUUGCAGUUUGCUUCAGUAAAUUAUUGUAGCAGUUUGCAAUAAAUUUUAAGGUAUUUUUCAUGGAUUUGGUUUCCCUUUGAGAAAGGGAUGCUAGCAAAGUAGAAUUGCUUUAAGUAAACUGCCUCUACUAGAUUCUCAUCCUCGCUUUUCCUUUCUGCUUCUCAUGCUGUUUACUUCAUUGUCCUUCUUAAGGAACUCUUUUAAUCUUAAAAUCCUGCAUUUCCUACUCUUAGUCAAAUUCUAUUGCCUUUUUAAUAACUCUUCCCACUGCAUAUUCUCCAUCUUGAAUUGGCAAUUCUAAAUUCUGAAAAAUAUACUUGAUACAGGUAUUACUUCUGCAAGAUGUGCUUCCCUCCUUGUUUGUUGUUCCCCAGGGUUAUUUUGCGUAAUUGAGACUUAAUAUACUUCAAAGUUUAGAUAAACACUGGCAAGGAUUACUGGGAGUCAAAAGAUAGACACAGUAAUGUACGGAAAAGCAUCCACAUAGAGCACUUGAACCUCCUUCGUACAUAUUUGGAGAAAGAAAUAUAAAGAGUGUACUAAACCUAACUAAGGUUGUUAGAGUCUGGCUGUUUGAAGUACCAUUUUUCCCUCCUUCUGUCUUUUUCCCACUUUCUUCCAAUGUACUCAAGAAAAUUGAAAAAGUGUAAUGAAUCAAUUUAAAAUAUUUUAUUUCCUAAAAACCUUUUUUGCCUGUCGUAAUAUGCAGGACCCUUCUCCUUUAACGGGAGAGACAGGUAGUUACCUGAAUCUAGGUUGAAAAGGUUAUGUAAAAAGAAAUUAUAAUAAAAGGGAUACUCUGCUUUUCAAAUCCUUGUUUUCUCUUAAUCUAGGUAAGGCAUAUCCAAAAUAAAUAUGUAAAGAAGAAAAAUAAAAGUUGUCUUCAUGGAAGCAGCUGGUAUUCCUUGGUUGUACUGAGUUACAGUUAUCCCGAGGUGAAGUGGUUGGUGCUGCUAAAUGUGAAAACCAAGUGCCCUCAGCAGGUUUUUAUGUGGCAGAGUCUCUUUACUCUUAUGAGAAUAAGAUGGUUUACUUUUGACUCCGUUUAGUUCUUGGUUUCCUGUGCUGAGAUGCCGUAUGAUUCUGUGAUCCUUUGGCACACUUGGAAGUCCUUUCCAUGUCUUGCCAGUCUAGGAGAGGAGCCCUGUCUUAAUCUAGUUAAGAGAAGGUUACAGAAGCUCUGAGGUUAAUUUCAUGCUGAUAAUGACAACCCUGACAGCACUUACAAUUUCCAGUGCUUCUUCACAAAACUCCAUGUCUGUAUGAGUACAAAGUUUAAAAAAGAAAAAAAAAAAAAAAGACUGCUUUCUUAAAAUGCCUACUGUGACAGCCACUCAGGCCUCCUUCUUUUCUCCUUUGUCCCUCGAUUAUUGUUGAUGUAUGGGAUUUUUGCCCCUGAGAAGGCAUGUCUUUGAAUUUGGAGGUCAUGUCCAUGAUAUGGAUUAAUGAAAGCUAUAAUUCAUUUGGGGAUGAAACUUGUCCUCUUACCCAAUUGGCAUCAUCCUGUAACCUCUGAGUUAAAUGCAAUGGAACAACAGCUCUCCAAGCACUUUUAAACUCUGCCUUCAUUUGAAAGUUCAGUGUAUUAUUUUGUUAAGAAGCAGUGUGGUAUGGCUGGGUAAAGAAGAAAAAAGGAAAGCAUGUUGUCACUUGAGUGAGACUGCCUUAGAAAUGUUACCAAGUCAGGGUUGGGUGUUUCCUGUCCUUCGGAAGAGAACAGGCAUAAACAGCACCUUCCUCAUGCUGUAGCUACAAGGAAAGUACCAUGACUGGGAUUAGAGAUGCUUCCUUAGCUGAUUUUUAAUCAAGUGUAAAUUUAAAUACAUAGCAAAGGAUGGGAGUGAAAUGAUGUGGUAUUUUUACAGGUUCUAUUUCAUGUAAACUUUGUAUCUUGAAUGAAAUAUGAACUACCUAAAGAAUGAAAUUGGAAAUUCAGUGGGAGAAACAGUUGUAGAAUCAAAGACCUAUAUUUAAAUUUUGAACCUAAGUUACUGGAUUUUGUGCACAUUAAUUUCUUUAAGCUUCCAUUUCUUCUUAUGUAAAACUGAGGAAACUCUUGUAGAAUUAUUCUAAAGAUCAAAUAAAGACUUUAAAACAGUUA